CGAAGGUUGUAACAAAGUGGGGACCGUGUCAGCUAUGCUUGAGCAUCAUGAAAAAGACUGCGCUUACCGGACGAGACCCUCAGGGAACCAGAAAGCAAAUGCCGAGUGGAGGGAACACUUGCUUAAGGAACACUUUUCAAAGACAGGACCUGAAACGCGCACUCAGAAUACGCCGACGAGAAACGGCAACUACGGGGCAACGACAGUUAAAAAGCGUAAACCUUUGCAAGACAAUGUGCAUGUUUGUUAUACUUUUGAAGGUAACAACGAUAAUGGUAGUAUAAAGUUACUUAAGGAUAGCAGCACCAAUAUAUCUCAAUUGGUAGAACUUUCCUCAGGUGAUGGUGAGCCAUGUAAAGAUAUGUGCAGUUUAUUACACACACAAGUGAACACCAGUGCCAUUUGUGAGCCUGCCCUUUCCACCUUCGGGGAUGAUUAUUCACAUAUUACUAAAACAAGAAAAGCGCCAAAAGAAGUGCCACGUGCACAUUCCCAGAGUGCUUUCAAAAGUAAGCAUGUGCAGGACGACGCCGAGGGUAUGCAGCCGUCGAACACCAAGCAAGACGUUCACAUUGAAACCAGUGGACUAGCCACUCACGCUUACCAUGGUGAUCACAUUGGCCAAAACUUCAUAUUUCGAGCCGGUCUACGAGCGUCAAGUAGCGCUGGUUGUACGAAGAUGGAACACAGCAAAUCAAACCUCGUAAGCCAAGGCGUACACAUGGAAGCAAAUGAAACAACGAGGGAGCCUUCAACCGACAUGGUAAGCAACAAAACCGAACCCUGUGGUCGUGAAGACGCCAAAGAGCCUCCCGCAGGAAAAGGGCCGCAAGAAUCUGCGUGUCACGAAGGUUCCCUGGAAGCCCGAUUCACCAAUGAAAAGAUGAACUCUCGUGAUCACAGUGUAUAUAUCGGGAUGGAGUCGGGCAGCGACACCCUUCAAAAAGUGUGCGUUGAAGAGCAAACAUGCAUUGAAGCUGAAGGCGCUGCACGCGAUGGCAACAGCGUACGGCGGGAGGAUUCGGUGGUUCAAAGGCUUCCAUCUGGCGUCUCUUCGGGCGCUAUCUGUCGUGAAGUUACCAUCACAAAUGAUGAAAUCAUAGCCAACGCUCUUUUGAAAACUUCCAGAUCUCUGGAAAGUGAAGAAAAUUCAAUUUACUUUCUCGAGGACACGGAGGAGGGUCACACUGCAGAAACUGUUCGAAAUGCACGUCUGCACAAGAAACACACUCAGGCAAUAAACGCAGAAGAUAUCACGAACAAUUGCCGUAUGAGAGGGCAGGAAGCGCGACAAAGGGAAUCAUUGUUAGAUGUGGCAACAGCAUCUCAGGACAGUAACGUGCGGCAGACUUUGAGGCACAAUCUAGUAAAACAAGGUGCGCAGGGCACCUCUGUUGCAGCAGAAAUUUGCAGCAGGCCAGCUGGACAUGAUCCAACACGCUGUUCCUCCAGUGAGAUUUCUCUGAGUGGUCCUGUAGAGUGCAAGUCCAGUGACUGUGAGGAUAAUAGGAGCCCAAAAUGCAUCGAAGAAGCCUUUGUCCAUUGCCACGUAGAGAAUGAAGCGGAAUCUAGAAUUACAGACAGCUUGUGCACACUGAACACAAGUGACCCCUCCAGUUGUCAGGCACCAACUAAAGCUUUCGCGGAAAACGAAGAGCUUGAAGGCAGCCGACUAAGAGAGUCGGAAUGUGAGCCUGAAGUUGGCAGCAUGUCACUUCAGUCGCUAAAAGAAAAACCGCCGCUUCAACAAGAGUCGAAUGCCUGGCUUCGAGAUGACCAGAAGAAAAAAGCACUUUCAAGCCCUGUAUCACUGGAGCCACACGAACUUUCGUCUGCCGAACAGCAUGCCGGCCAGCAAGAGCGAGAAGAGUCAGAACCAUCGUUGACGAUGUCGGCAAGCUCCACGACUGGCUCCAAGGUGCUCGAGACGACCGCAAUGAAGGACAUAAGAUUUCAAGGACAAGACGUCGUGCACUACGCGACAGGAAAAAAUGAAGUCCUCAACACUUCACUUCGCCAUUACCAGCGGAGUACGUUUGGAACUCCAAAUUAUCAUGAGGCGUCCUUACACUGCACGGCGGCUCAUGAGGCUUGCGAAAGAGUGGCCGUGGAUGGAAAAGGCCAUUCACACAAUGCAGAGAUUGCACCCGUAACUGACAAUGUGUUUACCGGUGAAAUAACUGAUGGGAUCGGGCAUAUGAUCGGCGCAGCCUUGGAAAGCGUCUCCGCACCUUUUUAUUUGUCAUACUACAACGACCCACCUGCACACUUUAAUUAUAGUUACGAAGAACACAAUGCUAGCGGGAAACCUAGUUGUGCAGGUGCCACUACUCGCGAAAGAAAUAACGCGAAUACUCCUCAUAUAAUUCCAAUCACACAGCAGCACCAAAUCCGAAAUUUGGCCUCAGAUGGUGAUCAAAAGGCCACGGAAACUGGCACUUUGGGCAGUGAAAAGGUCCAAUUUUCGAGGUGCUCAACAACAGGAGAGAACCACACAACUGCGCCAUUAGAUGAUAUGUCACCAGAAGGCGAAACAGGAUGUAAGAAACCUCGAUUUGUUAACAGCUUGCUAAAUGACCAUUGGAGCCUCCAAGGCACAUUUAUUCAGCCACUUGGUGAAUUGUUUCCGCGCAAUCUUAGCAAAACAGUGGAUGUUAGUUACACCAGAAAGCAGAGCUCAAUCGUUAAGCAAAGUGAAAAUGCACAGAAAGUGCUGCAGGAGCUGGUCCAUAGCUCACGACUGUUCCGCCGAAGUGAGAGGCUCAUUUCAGGAUCAACUGAGUCCACAGAAAACAAGCAAGUGUUACGCGAAGCAGUACACGAGACACAUAACACAGCUGCAUCCUCAAUGUCUCGCAGUGAGAAUCCCAUCGUAUCAGAAUUACCUAUGGAAGACACGGAAAAAUCAGCCGACUUUGGCCAAAGUGGGGUCUACUGUGAAAGAGCCAUAGCAGAAAACACCGACACCAAUUGGUGCAAUACCGAAGCAUCAGUUGAAGAGGCAUCAAGUAACGGUGAAACACCCCCUUUGCGUGAUAAGCUUGAAGCAAGGACUGAUCCUAUAGAUGUCCUGCUGCAUUUAAAAAGUGAAUUAGAGGCCACUUUGGCGGCAAUAAAGCAAUGUAUCAAGAAACACCCGGAAAAUAAUGUUUCUCUGCGUGAACAUGGGGAAAAACUCAGAGAAUACAUCAAUAAAGUUGUAGAAGUCUGCAAAGCAAUAUUGCAGAGCUCCCUCAAGGCCUCCGAGUCCUGCGAUUGGUACGUGGAGAACUAUGAUCAACUAAAAAAGAAGGUUUUACAGUAUGACUAUUGGACACAGGGAAGGUCCACUCCGCUCUAUCUCCAGGGCUACAAUAUAAAACCCAGUGUCCUUUUUCGUAAGAAGAACGGUUUACUUGAGCUCGGUGCUGAAGUGACUUUGUGCAAGGGUGUGUACGAUGACCUUUUAGGGUGGCCUUUUCAAAAGAAGAGCAAGCUUACCCUGCUGCACCCUUCUGACGAUAGCAGACACGUUGUCUUCUCAAUGGAUGGUGACAAUGAAUUUGGAUAUAUAGGAUACUUGAAGCCAAAAGGAAUGCACAAUCUUCCCGUUCGUGCCAAUCAGUACCACUCACUUCAGGAAAUUGAAGAGGGUGGCUUUGUUUCCGAUAACAAGCUCUAUUUUAGGCUCGAGGUCUCGAGAGAGUAAUCAAGCCCGAGUGUUUAUAUCAGCCACCAUAUCAUGUCACAUGUUACUCAAAGAAUGUGCAAUAUGGCGCCAAAGUUUGCGGGCAGUUUGAUUUGAAUGAUUUGCCUAAGAAUUCAUAGAAGAAUCUAGUAUACAUUUUCGUGAAGCAUGAAAUAAAACUAUGGAUUAUGACGAUGAUUCUAACGUGAUAAAAAUAGGAUUGAUCAAUAAAUAGAGUCCCUAGGAUCAGCGCGAAAAAAUUAACACACGAAAACACAAGGAUGUGCACGGCACAAGCACUGGCUAAGAACUGAAAGUUUAAUGAAGAAAAAAGUGGCAUAGAUAUAGGCAUAAAAGAAGGCACUAGAAAUCUUAUCCACCCUGAUCCUGAUGAGUAUGUUCUCACUAGCCCAACUUACUUUGCUUAAAUAAAGAUAGAGUGUGUUAUCAAGUGUGCAGUGUUAUCAGUGUUCAUUUUCGGGGUUUCCCGCCGCGUUGCUUCAGCAUAUGCGAUGUUUUUUUAAUUGUGCAACUUAGCCUACUUUGGCAAAGAAAACAUCGUGAUGACGA